AAGAGAAGACCGCUGAAGCAGAGAGAACCUAGAGUGGAAAUGUGGAAGGGAAACAGCCCGGGGGGUAACCAGGAAGCAGCCAUGGAGGAUGAACUAGGGGCACAGGGGAACUGGGGUCAGGAAGAUGUCCCAGGCCUCUUGGCCAUGGUCUCCCUGCCCAUCACGCCUACAUGGCCGUUGCCCCUGGCCUCCUCAGGCUUUACCCUGCUCCUGGGAGCCCUCACUUCCCUUUUCCUCUGGUAUUGCUACCGCUUGGGCUCCCAAGACAUGCAGGUUCUGGGGGCUGGGAGUCAGGCCGGGGGUGUCAGUGGUGGGCCUGGGAGAUGCUCUGAGUUUGGCAAGCCAAGCCCAGGGAGCUCUGGGGAGCCUGGGGAAGGACGUAGGACAGAAGGUCUAGUGAGCCGUCGCCUUCGGGCCUAUGCCAGGCGCUACUCCUGGGCUGGGAUGGGUAGAGUGAGGCGAGCAGCUCAGGGUGGCCCAGGCCCUGGGGGAGGGCCAGGGGUCCUGGGCAUUCAGCGCCCAGACUUGCUUUUCCUGCCCGACCUGCCCUCAGCACCCUUCGUGCCGCGGGAUGCCCAGAGACAUGACGUGGAGCUCCUGGAAAGCAGCUUCUCUGCUAUUUUGCAAGACUUUGGGGCUGUGAGCUGGGAUUUCUCAGGGACUGAGAAAUCAGUCCCUCUUCCUCGGGGCUGGUCCCCACUGUUGGCUCCUGGGUGCUAUCAGCUCCUGCUGUAUCAAGCAGGCCGGUGCCAACCCAACAACUGCCGCCGGUGCCCCAGGGCCUAUCGGACACUGAGGGGCCUGCGGAGCUUCAUGAGCGCCAACACCUUUGGCAAUGCUGGCUUUUCUGUCCUCCUUCCGGGCGCCCGGCUUGAGGGCCGUUGUGGGCCCACCAAUGCCCGGGUCAGAUGCCAUCUUGGGCUGAAGAUCCCACCUGGCUGUGAGCUGGUGGUUGGGGGUGAGCCCCAGUGCUGGGCUGAGGGACACUGUCUACUGGUGGAUGACUCCUUCCUGCACACAGUGGCUCAUAACGGCUCCCCUGAGGAUGGGCCUCGAGUGGUCUUCAUCGUGGACCUUUGGCAUCCCAAUGUGGCUGGGGCCGAGCGCCAGGCCCUCGACUUUGUCUUUGCACCAGACCCUUGA